AUGCACGGGGGGAGGGAGGGGGGCUGCUCCUUCCUCCUGCCGGGCGAGAGAGGCCCAGGUCCCAACUGGGUCGCAAAACCCAGACGCAAGGAAUUUACACCCAGGCAAGCUUCCCGGAGCCCCAAGAACAGGCGCAAGCUCCCCCCGCGUCUCCCGAGCCCCGCACGGGCGGCCGGGCACGCACGCCCCGAGCCGCAGCCCCGGCCCCGCUGCGGGGCUCCUGCCCGCCCCGACGGCGCUCGCCCCGGCCGGGGGCAGCCGCCGCCCCGGUCCCCGCAGCCCCCUUUGUGCUUGCGGCGGCUCCGGGGCUCGCCCGCCUCCCGCCGCGGUUGCUCCAAGUUCGCCCCGGGCCGGGUCCCUCCGCGACCCCGCGGCCGGCCCGGGAAGGGCAUUGCCCGGGGAGAGCCGCUUCCCUGCCGCCGGGCCCGGCUCCGCGGCCGCUCGCUCGCCCUCGCCCCGCGCCCUCGCCGAGGACAGGGAAAACCACCCUGGACCCAACACACUCUCAAGCAUGAGGUGUCUCCGUCUCUGUCGUCUUCACGAGAGAAUUUUUACGGGCAUGGAAGGAACUACCGGGCGGGCAGGAGGAUUACUCGGGAACGCCGAGACAUCCUGCUGCUCCGUUAUUGCACUUUAGCCCCCACCCCCCUCCAUUUACUGCCACCACCCCCACCCUCGGGGCCGCUGUUAUUUUCAGAGCCCGGAGCUCCCGCCACCCAGGAAAUCCAGCCAGAUUUCCAGGGAGAAAAUAAGAAGAAACCGUCCUUCUGCGUGCAGGGGGAACGAAGCGCCACCGCCGCUAUCCGCGCCGCUCCCCCCGCCGGGCUGCCCCCGUCCGCGCCACUGGACGCGCAGACCUGCGCGAGGCUACGCAGCCCUCCCGCCCCCGAGGACAGUGCCCCCGGCACGGCCCCCGCCCCGCUCAUUUACGCCUUCGUGGCUUCCCCAGAAAAAAGACCCCUCUUGCUGCCCUUGUCCCUUUGCCUCCGGCCGCCCCCCCGAGCGCCUCGGGGCGCAGGGGGGGUCCCUGCGGACGCUGCGCCCGCGGCCGCUCCCAGCGCGCAGACAGAGCGGCGGCCGCCCGGCCGGCAGAGCCGCGGGGGGAGCCCCCGGCGGGCAGUGCCCCGGCGGGGACGGCCAGCCGGUGGCGGGCGGCGCGUCCCGCCGCUCCGGCGCGCUCCGGCUCCGCAUUUUGCGAGCGGCCGCGGUGUCAGCCGGGGAGCGCCGAAUAACAAAGGCAAGUUUGAGAGCAGCCGCCGCCGCCGCCGCCGCACAGGCUGCGGUGACGUCAGGGAACAAUGCCGCUGCCAGCCCGCCCGCCCGCCGCCCCUUAAAGGCGUACGGGGCGCUGCCGGGGGCCCCCGCCGCCGGCCCAGGGGAUGGAAGGGACGGGGUUCCUGUACUGGGCCCCCCGCCCUGCAGCCCUCGGCCGCCGCCGGGUCCCUCCGGCAUUGCCCGCCCGAACGGGGAGCAGAGCAGAUUCUCUGUCUCACGGCUGCUUCCUUCCCUCCCUUCCGCGCCGUGCCCCGCGCGGUCUCCGCCGCCCUAAUCGCUGCCUGGGAGACGCGGCGGCCGCCGGGGCGGGAGCGCUCGGGCCCCUCCGGCCCGGGCCGAGCUCCCCGCGGCCCUGCGGGGCUGGGCGGGCCGCGCUCCGGGCAGCGCGGCCUAAGGGCCCACUGCCCUGGCCGCCUGUACGAGCCCUGUGACCCGCCAGGGGAGUGUUUUCGCCAAGAGCCGGCACCUCGAGGGUCGGGACUUGAGCGCUUCCAGCCACUUCUGCUGCUGCAUUCCCCCUCGCUUGUCCCUGUCACGGCGCGCUGCCCUCCCCGAGCCACACCGGCCCCGUGA